UUAGUCAUUCAUGUCUCUUCCAAUCCACUUGCCAAAUCAUCCACUAAGUUCUUGGUCUCCUUCGUUUUCUUGACUUUGUCUUCUUCUUUCUGCAAUUUCACUUUGAUCUUCAAUAUCAUUUGUAGAUAUGGAAAACUUGUUGGGUCUUCUCAGAAUUCAUGUGCACAAAGGAGUGAAUCUUGCUAUCAGAGAUGUCAUCAGCAGUGACCCUUAUGUUGUGGUCAAGAUGGGCAAACAGAAACUGAAGACUAGGGUGGUGCAGAAAAAUGUCAAUCCUGAGUGGAACGAAGACUUGACUCUUUCCAUUGAUAACCCAAAUCUUCCAGUCAAAAUUGGAGUUUAUGACAAGGACACAUUCAGCCGAGAUGACAAGAUGGGAGAUGCAGAGUUUGAUAUCAGUCCAUUUCUGGAAGCUGUAAAGAUGCGGCUGGAGAGUCUCCCCAGCGGAACCAUAAUAACAAGAAUCCCACCAAGCAGGCAAAAUUGCUUAGCUGAAGAAAGCCACAUUAUCUGGGUUAAUGGGAAGGUGGUUCAAAACAUAGCUCUUAGACUGCGAAAUGUGGAGUCUGGGGAAGUGGAACUCCAGCUUCAGUGGAUUGAUAUUCCAGGUUCCAGGGGUCUGUAGAUUCCACUUACCUAGAGCUAUCUGUUUAUUAUUCUGUUUGAGUGUAGAAUAGAUUUCAUGAAUGAGAUAAGUUGGCUGUAGACUGAUUUCUUUAUGCAGUAAUUGGACCUUUGUAAUGAAACUGAUGCAAUUGGAUUGAAACAUGAUAUUACAUAUGCAAUAAGAUUGAACUAAUAAAUGUUGUAA